CUCAGAGAUUUUCGAUUCACCUGAAUUCAUCCUCGUCCUGGCUUCACCUUAGUGAGGGGGGGGCGGUCGUCUAGGAGGCCCCUCCGCCAUCUCAGUAUGCCGCCCCCCUUGCACCACCCCCGUAUGGGCGCCGCCAAGGAGGGGGUGGGCCGAGCGAAGGGGGGAAGGCACAGGUCACCAGGAAGCCAACGGGCCCUGAUGGAAAUGGACCCCGAGGUCCCUCAUCGGUUUCGGCCUCCAGGGACCCUCACCGUCAAGAACAGGCGCAGGAUGAGGAGCUGAUCCUGGGGGAGUGCCCCGGUGUUCAGGGCCCGCCUCCCUCGGGACCCGUGAGCUUGUGGAUGCCAAGAAUGGCGGACAGGCGCCGGGCAGAACAGAGGGAGGAGGUAGCGGAUAAGGGGAUGGGGAGGAGGCGAGGGAGAAACAUUUGCAUACGCAUAAACUUGUGGCGGUCCGCGCGGAUUUGUUGGAUCCCCGCUGGGGCCCCCUGGCGGCGCCUCCGGCGCCGCCCCUGGCGCACUCCGCGGGCCUGGGAGGGGGUCCAGAGACGACUCACGAAUUCUGCGCGGACCUCCGAAGGUUUCUGUUUAUGCCGGUUUUGUCCCUCUAGACGGGAGAAGGCAAGGGAGGAGGCACUUGUAGAGCAGGAGGGCGAGGAGCACAACGGCAGCAACGAUGGCGACGUCGACAUCCAUCGCGAACACGGCAGCGACGACGAAGAAGGGAAGGUCACGACCAUCCUGACCGUCUCCCCGCCAGACGCGAGCGGUGCCAUGCAGUGGCAGCUCGGCGCGGGCAAGCUGUCCGAAGUGACCCACCUGCCGUGCAGGACCGGAAGGUACUCUGGUCCAGGCUGUACCCCAGCGAACGCCAAGCAGUCCGAUUUUCCAGUCAGGCCUGGCGCAUUGAUGCCGCCAGUGCAGGGCUGCAACAAGGUUGACUACGCCGUUCUCUUCGUCCUCGGAGUUGCGGCCUGAGAGGCCCUUCGCUGGUGCCGAGUAGCUGGGGGAGGAGAGGGAGAUGUCUCUUCGGUGACCUCCCACCCAGUUCCGCGCCAGCGGGGAAGCCCAGGCCGAAAGAACAUCGAUGGAGGAUGCCAUGUUUAAAAGGGGCAUCUUAUUUUUCAUUCGACCCGCGGUUUGGCAACAGCCACCUGGCGACCCACAAUUCCCAGGAUAUGUGCAUAUGUAUAGUUGCGCGGCCGAGGAGUCCGACAGGAGGAGUAUUCAUUGAUGGCAUAUUUCUUCG